AUGGGAUAGUCUAAGAGCAUAAUAUAAAAUGGAAUUUAAAUUGAAAAGUUUAGCUAAUAAAAUUACAGCGAUGAACUAAUAAAUUAAUAAUCUUAGUCAACCAUUAUGAUCUUAGAAGACUUCAUAAAUUUUUAUAAGGAUGAAAAAUAAAUUCACUUAAAAAUUCUUGAAAAACUUCUCUAAAAUAUGUGCAUAGAAGAGGAAUGUUUAAAAAGAUUAAAGAUCACUUUGGAUGAAGAAAAAAAUGAAUUCUUUUAUAAUGAAAAUCUAUUUAGGUAUAAAGUGGCAUUAAAAACAAUUCAUCUCCUUUUAAGCUAAAAGAAACUAAAAUCUGAUGCUUUGUUAGAAGAUGCCUUUACAGAAGCAACUCAAAUGCUAAUAUUUAAAAAAGAAUUAUUUUUUACUUAUCCAUUCUAUUUCUUUUUUGAACUCCUUAAAUUCUCAAUAGUGCAUAUGAUAAUAGUCCAUUUCAUUUCAAUAAAUAAAACUGAAAUAUUCUAGCUCUAUUAAAAAUACUAUUUUCUUUUAUUUCAUUAACUCUUGGAUGGACUCUUAGCUAGAAUUUCAAUGAUUUAGCCUUCUACUAGCGAAUUAUACUCUAAAUUCUCAAAAAAACUUAGAAACGCUCACGAAAUAAACGUUUAAUACUUUGAAGAUAAAUUUGUAAAUAGAUGCUACGUGGUUAGGUUAUAAGAUGAUACAGCAGAUUCUUAGGAAAAUUAUAAAUCAAUAGAAGAGCUUAAUAAAUUUCGUGUUAAUUAUAUAAACUAAAUUCUACUUUCAUAUGGUCAGACCAGAGUAGUUUAACUUAUAAAAAUAUUUGAUCAAAUUUCUGAAGCAAUAAAUUGUGAGAAAAUAUGCUAUAAGGAUGUAAGAAAAUAGCUAUUAAAUGAACAGGAAGAAUUUCAUAAUUAAAUAAAUGUGACUAUUCCCUCAUUUCUUAAAUCUAUUGAAGAAGUUAUUUAUAUGAAAAAUACUUAAAAAAAAGAGAUCCACUCAUUAAAAAAAUAGGUCAAUGAAAAAAAUUUGGAAUAUCUCUUUACAAAAUUAGAAAAAAUUUAAAAGGAAUUUAACCCAAUGGAAACUAACAGCUUAAAUAAUUAAAAUGGUAAUGAUACUCUAGACGAUAGUGUUAGUAAAGUCUCUCAUAUCUUUAGUAACAAGCACUUGAAUAUAUACAAUCAUUAUAGCCGGUAGCUAAUAAUGGAGGAUGAAAGUGGAUUUAAAAUAAGAGUUAAUCAAGCUUUAUAAGUUCUUGAUGAACAAAUUUAAGAAUGUGAAGAGACAAUAGAAAACAACUAAGAAUAAAAAAAGCAGUAUAAAGUAAUGCUGAACUAAGUUAUUCAUAAAAUACACAUUUUUAAUUUCAUAGAGAAAAAAUGCAUACUAAAAGAUAAAAUUUAAUGA